CACGACUGACACAUUUUCACCAACCUGAAAGAUAAACCAAAAAUCAAGGCGACAACCCUACCCAGUAGAGCACCAUUACCAACCAAUAAACUACACACAGAACAACAGCCAAGAUGCCUCUAGACGACGACCUAGAAGAUAACCCCUCCCUCGUCCCUCCUCCCUCCACCACCACCACCUCCAGCAACGCGACCGGAGAUGCUGCCACCAUGAUGGACGAAGUCGAAGAAGCCGAAGACGCACCCACCGCCGACUUCCGCCUUUUUGCCUCUACCUACUCCAAGACCAAAAACAUCAGCGCGCAAACCAUCCGCAAGGGCGAAAAGGACUUUGAGUCGCACGGCACGCGCGCGCAAGCAUCCGCGCUCGACGCCAGUCGCGACGCUAUGCGCGAUGUUCUGAGUUAUACCCGCGUGCACAAUACCAAAUCGGCCUCGGGGUGGUGCAGGGGUUGGUAUUUUCCUGAUUGGUGGAAGGACUGGCCGGAGGAUUGGGAGCAGCAGAAGUUGACGAAGAGGGGAAAAGAGGGAGCGGGGGAGGAUGAUGAGGAGGAAAAGGACAGGAAACUACCGCCGCUGCAUGUGCGAGAUCGCGUGGUGCUUCUGGAACAUACUAAUGUGGCUAGCCAGAGUCUCGGCAGGGCGGUCACGGGCUUGCCUAAGGAUAGGCCGGCGAGGGGAAGGGAGUGGUUGUUACCUGAGGAAGCGCUGUAUCUGGUAGAGAGAGGGAGUUUGGAUCUGUGGUGGCCUACGAAGGGGAUCGAGGAGGUUUUUCCUGCUGAUGGAUCGGUGCCGGCUGCUGCGGCUGCUACUACUUCUGCCAAGGGAGAAGGAGAACAACGAACCGAGGAGGACGAGGAGGAUGAUGACGAGUACAAAUACGGCUUGCCACUGUCCCUCCAGGCAGCAUAUGCUCUGCUCAUCGGCGAAGACGGAGAAAGAGGCAAAGUCAGCUUGCAAAAGUUCCAAGUCUUCAGCCACCUGAAACGAGCAGGCUACAACGUCAUCCGGGCACCGACCAACCCUCUUCCUGUCCAAGAGGACACUCAACUCACGACAACAACACAACCAGCAUCCAAGCCCAUAUCCGUCACAGAAUGGCUCAUCUCCUGCCUACCCCAAUCGAAAUCUUCCCCCACCGAUCCCCCGCCUUACGGCCCUCUCGUCCCGCCAGGCUUCUACCGCUCUUACAACACCAUCUACAACUACCUCUCUCUCCGCCCCUCGAGCACGAGCAGUAGCGCCUCUCCCACCGCCGACAACCAGCCUCAGAAGCCCCAAUCUCCAGAGUCUGAUGAGUCUGAUUCCGGUUCCGACUCACCCUACAAAAUCCACUACCACGUGUACAAAGCCUCCACAAAAUUCACUCGCACCCGCCCCCCGCCCCCGGACUUUUACAUCAGCGUCAUCUCCGCAAAGGACACGUCCAUCCCCACCCUCUCCGAGAUCUCUAGUCUGCUCGCCUCUGCACCCGCCGAUCUCCCCAAGGCGGAAUGGCUUGCGGGAGGCCCGGCAAGGCUUUAUGCUCGCUUGAAACAUGGCUACAGGAAUGUCUUGCUGGCGGUGAAUGAUCAUGGGGUGAUCAACUAUAUGAGGUUUGCGGAGGGCGGGUUUGCGAAGGAGGAGUUGUUUAGGAAUUAUGAUAUGAGGGUGAGUGGAGGACCGAGAAGGGGUGGCGGAGGAGGAGGGAAGAAAUCCGGGAACAAUAAUGGUAGGGGAAGUAGAGGAAGGGGAGGAGGAAGGGGUGGUGGAAGGGGUGGAAGGGGAGGGCGAGGUAGGGGGAAUUAGACUUGGGGGGAAUGGAUGAUGAUCGAGGUGGACUGAUUGAGGUUGAGUUAAGAAUUACUCGCCUCGAGGUUGUUGCAAAGUGCUGUAUCAUAGAAAGACUAUACCCGAGUUAGGCAGACAAAGCAUUAGAG